AUGAUCAACUUCUUCAACUCUAAGAGCUUCGGUUCCCAGGAACAAGGCUCAGAGCACCAAAGGCCAGCUUCACAGAUGUUGCAGCAGCAGCAGGCUACGCAGCUCUCUGAGAAGACGAAGCUUGCUUCUAACGGUCUCUUUCCUAGCUUCACGUCUCAGACCGCCACCCCUACAACGGCAGUGUGUGACAGUUCUUACGCCAUGGGUACCACAGGCCUCGUCUCUAAUCAGCCCGAAAACGCACUUACACAUAUGAAGACCAUGAGCAGUCAGUCAGAGCUGCACCUACACACCCCCAAACACCAAGAACACCAAGAACACCAAACAGAGAACCUGGCUCCUUCAACUUCCGCCGAUUUUUCUUCCCAGCUUUCGCAGCAGGCCAGCCAGCUGGACUCCACUGGUUCUGCGGGAACAGAUGCAGGGAACGAACGCGAUGCAAUGUCAAUUCUGGAGACUAGUGCUCCAGAAACAGGAAUACCAAGGGGGCGGCUUGAAGUUACAAUCGCCGAAGCGCGGGACUUGCUUACAAGAUCCAGCCAGUCUCAGCCUUACGUGGUGUGUACAUUUGAAAGUUCGGAGUUCAUCUCUGAUGGCCCCGAGUCGGUCGACAACAAGCCCGUGGGAGGUAACAGCCAUAACAAUAGUGGCUGGCGGAACCUCCUGUCGGUGAUCAACGAGAAAAAUAAAAGACCACUUUACACUCGCCAGUCUUCAUCACAACUAGAUCAACUAGCCUCACAGACACUUGGACUCAACACCAACUGUGCCAACCCUACCUGGCACCAUGAAACUACUUUUGAUGUCUUGGGUGCGCAUUCAGAGCUUGAUAUUUCUGUGUAUGAUGCGGCUCACGAUGACAUGUUUCUGGGCCAAGUGCGCCUGCGUCCGGAUCUGAAUAUCUCAUCUCAUUCUAAUCAUGACCAGUGGUACAAGCUACAGAGCAGAAUAGUGGGAGAGAGUGUGACAGGCCACAUAUCUGUGAAGUGGAGCUUCAAAUCAACGAAAAAGAGGCAUUAUGGGCCUCAGGAUUUCGAGGUUUUAAGAUUGUUGGGCAAAGGUACUUUUGGGCAGGUUUACCAGGUCCGCAAGAAAGACACCAAGAGGAUAUAUGCCAUGAAAGUACUUUCGAAGAAGGUAAUUGUUAAGAAAAAUGAGAUUGCGCAUACUAUUGGCGAGAGAAACAUUUUAGUACGCACUGCGUCCAAAUCAUGUCCAUUCAUAGUGGGCCUAAAAUUCUCUUUCCAAACGCCAGCAGAUCUUUACCUUGUGACUGACUUCAUGAGUGGGGGCGAGCUGUUCUGGCAUUUGCAGAAAGAGGGCAGGUUUGCCGAGGACCGCGCAAAGUUUUAUAUUGCCGAACUCGUUCUUGCCUUAGAAUACCUUCAUGAAAAUGACAUUGUCUACCGAGACCUCAAACCUGAGAAUAUUUUGCUGGAUGCAAACGGAAAUAUUGCACUCUGUGACUUUGGGCUUUCUAAGGCCGAUUUGAAAGACCGCACCAAUACCUUUUGUGGGACAACCGAGUAUCUUGCGCCAGAGCUUCUUUUAGAUGAAAGCGGGUACACCAAAAUGGUCGAUUUCUGGUCUCUUGGUGUACUUAUCUUCGAAAUGUGUUGCGGCUGGUCACCAUUUUUCGCUGAGGACAACCAGAAGAUGUACCAAAAAAUUGCUUUUGGUAAGGUGAAGUUCCCCCGUGAUGUUCUUUCACCAGAAGGCCGCUCUUUCGUCAAGGGCCUUCUGAACCGUAACCCUCGUCACCGCCUGGGUGCCAUUGAUGAUGGCAGAGAACUUAGAGCGCAUCCCUUUUUUGCAGACAUCGACUGGGAAGCUCUGAGACAAAAAAAGAUUCCACCGCCAUUCAAGCCACACUUAUCAGGCGAAACUGAUACUUCAAACUUUGAUCCAGAGUUUACCCAAACUUCUACAUCAUUCAUGAACAAGCAAGUCAUUGCGGCAACCCCACUCUCACCCGCGAUGCAGGCCAAAUUUGCUGGGUUCACAUUUGUAGAUGAGUCGGCUAUGGAGGAUCACUACAACGCGAACUACAGUAGCCGUAAGUUUCUUCAGAAUUCCUAUUUCAUGGAACCAGGCUCUUUCAUUCCUGGCAACCCCAACCUUCCCCCGGACGAAGACGUUAUUGACGACGAAAAUGAAAACGACGUUGGCCUUGAUUCAGGCAAGCCCCCUGCCAUAAACGAACAUGUUGACUACGAAGGAGACCAUCACAUGGAUGAUGAGUUCGUGAGCGGGCGUUUCGAGAUAUAG